AUGAGCUUUGGGUUCGGUGUCGGGGACUUCCUCGCAGUUAUCAAACUCUCCCUGGAGAUUCGGAAAGCAUUCGUCGGAGCACCUGCUCAAUUCGAGAGCAUUUCCAAUGAGGUCAGAAGCCUGUCGCUCGUACUGCAAGAUGUAGAUACCGACAUAUCCGCGAAGGAGCUUAGCAGCGAGCAACAGACUGAGUUAAACGAAUUGUUAGCCGGUUGCCACGAGGUCCUUGCCGAAGUUUCAAGGAGAAUUGAGGACUACACAGAGCUGUCGAAAACAAAUGAUGGAAAACGAAACAUAGCGAAGCGGGCGUGGAAACGCCUGAAGUGGGAACCAAGCGAUGUCCAGGAACUCCGCCUUCGAAUUAGCACUAAUAUCGCACUCCUGACUGCGUACAAUGCACAACUAAUGAAACGCGGCGUUGGGAAACUGGUGAAGCAUCAAGACGAGGAAGCGCGCCAGAAAGUCCUUGAUUGGCUCUCGUCAUCAAACUAUGCCACCCAGCAAAGUGACUACAUUAGUCGACGCGAGGAAGGUACUGGGCAGUGGUUUCUAGACACAUCCGAGUUCAAAAGCUGGAUCUCCGGUUCAAAGCAGACGCUCUUCUGUCCUGGCAUUCCAGCGUCUAUCGUGGUUGAUGAGCUCUACGAUCAAUUUGGAAGUGGGGGCGAGGUUGCUAUUGCAUACCUCUACUGCAGCUUUAUGCGACACGGUGAACAAAGCUCACAGUCAUCGUUGCCUAGUAGCAUCCAAGAGAUGUAUACUAAGCAUACGGCUAAAGGAACACGGCCUUCCAUAGGCGAAAUCUCCAAAACCAUCCAAGCAGUCUCAAAUUCGAGCGACUUUGCAAAAGUCUAUAUUGUAAUUGACGCUUUGGAUGAAUGCCGGAUGGAUGAUGGAUCGCGAACAAGUCUCUUGGAUGCAAUGUUCGAACUUCAGGAUGGUGGCAGCAUAAACCUUCUCGCCACUUCCCGGUUUAUUCCCGAAAUAACUGAAAGAUUCAAAGGCAAGCCCGCCCUUGAAAUCCGUGCUAGCACGGCAGAUGUCAUGCGGUAUCUUCGGGGAAAUUUGGCAAUGCUCCCAUUUGUUUCGCGGGAAUCCGGAAUUGCAAACGGAGAUUUCGACGGAGAUAACCAGAGCGGUGGAUGGGAUCUUUACCUUAACUCCUUGGUUGGAAAAAGAUCACCUAAAGCAAUCAGAUCCGCAUUAAAAGACAUUUCAUCAAGUACAAAGCAAUACGAUUCCGCCUAUAGCGAUGCGAUGAAACGAAUUCAGGGACAGGUGUCUGACCAAGCAGAAUUGGCCAUGCAAGUUCUCGCAUGGAUCACUUGUGCUAAGAGACCGCUUACCACGGUGGAGCUGCAAACUGCACUAGCGGUCGAAAUAGACGAGUCAGUUUUUGACGAGGAUAAUGUCCCCGAUCUAAUUGACGUGGUCUCGGUCUGUGCUGGCUUGGUGACAAUCGACGAGGAAAGCAAUGUCAUUCGACUGGUGCAUUAUACAACCCAGGAAUUUUUCCAGCGCAAUCAGUCAACUUGGUUCCCGAAGGCGAACUAUUAUAUUGGCAGCAUCUGCGUGGCAUAUUUGUCAUUUGAUACUUUCAUAGCAGGACAUUGCCGAGCACCGGAAGAUUUCGAAUCACGCCUGUAUCGCUAUCCUUUUGCACCUUACGCAGCUAAUUUCUGGGGUAGUCACGUCCGGGAGUGCGAAGCGGACGGCGAACAGCCUAUAAGCGAAGCUAUCAUUGCACUACUGCCAGACAGAUCAAAAGUCGACUCCUGUAUGCAGUUCGCGUGGUAUGCUUCGGCCGAAUUCUCAUUUAAUAUGCCAUUUUACGAUUCACGACGGGGUAUGAUGGGUCUACAUCUUGCGGCUUACUUUGAGUUGCUUGAUGUGGCCCAGACGUUGAUUUCACUUGGCAAUUCGGUGGACUGCGUGGAUGUUAUUGGAAGGACACCUUUAUUAUGGGCAGCAGGAUAUGACCGCCGAGAUGCUAUAACGUUCCUACUGGCAAAUGGCGCGGAUCCGAACAUCGAAGAUGACGCUGGCACAACACCCCUUUUCUCAGCUGUGGAGAAGGGCCACGAACGAGCAGUGCAGUUACUACUCGAAGAAAAUUGUGAUUUGCAACAGAGCGCCUUCACUGGACUGUCACUACUUCAUGCUUCAGCCAUCGGUGGAUCAGAGAAGAUUGCCCGUCUUCUUUUGAUGCGAGGGCUUAGCGCGUACCAGAAAGAUAAGGGUGGUCGCACUCCAUUAUAUUUCGCCGCUGAAAAGGGCCAUUUAGAUAUGGUGCGGCUCUUUCUUGACUGGGACGUGGAUGAUGAUCCCCAACAUAUUGAAUUGAAUGCCUUCCUAUCGGAAGCAGCGAAGAUUGGGGAUGUUCCCAUAGUUCAGCUUCUCCUGGACAGAGGUGCUGACCCCAAUACUCGGGAUCGCGGGGGCCAGACACCACUCAUAUGCGCAACAGAGUCAAACGCGAAGUCGGUAAUGCAACUCUUGCUGAAGCGGGGUGUUGAAUUGGAAAUCAAAGACCACGAGGGUCGAACCGCACUCAGCCUGGCAGCAGGCAAUAGGAGUACAGAACUUCUCCUCGAGAAUGGCGCUGAUAUCAACACCGAGGACAAUCUUGGUCGUGGUGUAGUUUUCCACGCAGCCUCGGAAAACACAUAUGCCUAUCUGACUGAUCUUUUUACUUCGACCAAGAUCAGGAACGUCCAUCAACCUGAUCGAUAUGGCCGAACCCCAUUACAUGUUGCUACAGCCCUCGGUAAUUUAUUAUCAGUUUCCGCGCUCCUUAAAAGUGAUGGCGUGGAUUGCGAGGCUCAGGAUGAAUUUGGUCGUACAGCACUGUCUGAUGCUAUAAUGCGAAAGAAAUUUGAUACUGUGAAAGUCCUAGAGACAUUCUCUGAGACAAGAUCUCAAGUGACAGUUGAGUCAAUGGUCGAACCUACCUCUCAGAGGAACACGACAAUAUGCUGUGAUGUCUGUAUGGCUUACGUUUUGGAGGGUGAGGCUUUCUACCACUGUGAUACUUGUGAUGGAGCGAAUUUCGACAUCUGCGAAGUGUGUUAUUAUGUUGGGGCACGAUGCCUGGAUCGAUCCCAUAAGAUGGAGUUACGACAUGGACAAAUAGUCGAGUAA